CCGGAGAAAAAUAACAGGUUUUUCCCACUGCCAUGUUAAUACUGCUUGCAUUGGGAGCUGUUUUUCCAAAAAUAGUAGCCAGGGGACCGGAUGAAAAUCUUCACAAUGGCAGCAACAUUUUGCAAGAACCAAGGUAUCCUUAUGAAACCAUCAUGUUGCCAGAAGAACAUAUCCCAUAUUUUUUACACAAUAAUCCAGGCAUUGCCACUGCUUGCAGGCAAGAUCCUCUUUGCCCAUAUAAAAAACAUUUGAAGAAAUUGAAAGCUUGUUGGGGUUAUGAGAAAUCAUGCAAACCAGAAAACAGGUUUGAAUAUCCAACAUGUGAUUAUGCUGAAAUUGGAUGGGCUAAUACCAUUGAGCAGGCCCAGGAUAUUUUCUGGAAGCAAGCGGAUUUCGGUUAUGUUAAAGAAAGGAUGAAAGAUAUGAAGACUCAUUGCAAGCCUAAGAAUGUGGGAGAUUCUUCACUUGAAUGUUCUCGUUACCUUCAGUAUUGCAAAGCAACACAUUUAUAUAUUGAUUUAAGGCAUCCAGAGAGAGACCAUGAUAGAUUUAAUGAAGAUUUCUUCAAGAAGGGUCAAAUAGGUGGCCACUGCAAUAUGAAUACUAAAGCUUUCCUUGCUGAAGGGCAGCAAAAGAGCCCUUUACAAUCUUGGUUUGCGGAGCUCCAGACGUACACAGAGAUGAGCUCCAGACCACUGGAAGAUGGCAGCUGUGAGGUCAUUGUUGAGAAACCAACUUAUUUCAUGAAGCUUGAUGCAGGUGUCAAUAUGUACCAUCAUUUUUGUGACUUUGUGAAUCUUUAUAUCACUCAGCAUGUUACCAACACUUUCGGCACUGAUAUCAACAUUGUUAUGUGGGAUACUAGUACAUAUGGAUAUGGAGAUUUGUUCAGUGAAACAUGGAAGGCAUUUACCGACUAUGAAAUAAUACAUUUGAAAUCGUAUGAUUCAAAAAGAGUCUGCUUCAAAGAAGCAGUUUUUACACUAUUGCCUCGAAUGAGGUUUGGCUUGUUUUAUAAUACACCUUUGAUCUCCGGCUGUCAUGGGACAGGAUUAUUCAGAGCCUUUUCCCAACAUGUGUUGCACAGAUUAAAUAUCACCCAAGAUGGGCCUAAGGAUGGGAAAAUCAGAGUUACAAUACUUGCCCGGAGUACAGAGUAUAGAAAGAUAUUAAACCAGAAUGAGCUUGCCAAUGCUUUGAAAACACUGCCAUUAUUUGAUGUCCAAAUAGUGAAUUACAAGUACAAGGAGCUCGAAUUUAAGGAGCAGCUGAAGAUAACCCACAAUUCUGAUAUCUUCAUUGGAAUGCACGGAGCAGGCCUUACUCAUCUUCUUUUUUUGCCAGAUUGGGCUGUCAUCUUUGAACUGUACAAUUGUAAAGAUGAACGUUGCUACUUAGACCUUGCAAGACUGAGAGGUAUCCAUUACAUCACCUGGCAGCAGAAGGAUAAAGUGUUCCCUCAGGAUGAGGGGCAUCACCCGACAUUAGGAAAACAUCCAAAAUUUACAAAUUACGCCUUCGAUGUGGAAGAAUUUGUCCGUCUGGUUCUGUUGGCAGCUGAUCAUGUGUCACAACACUCCAAAUGGCCAUUUAGGAGAAAACAUGAUGAAUUCUAGGUCAAAUAAUUGGCCUCGU